GCCGGCGAGGCGCUGGGGCGGUGAGGGCGGCGGGGCUGGCGGCGGCCCGGUCUGCUCGGUCCCGGCGCGGGGAUGGGUUUCCGGGCGGGUGCCCUGGCGAGAGGUGCGCUGUUCUUUGUUUGGCUUCAACUGAACCGGAAGUACAAGGCAACUGCAAUUGUACCACCACGUAUGGGAUAAGAUCUUUCCAGAGUAAUAAGCAUGGUUCGAGAACGAAAAUGCCUAUUAUGUCACACUGUGUACAACUCAAAAAAGGAGAUGGAGGAACACAUGAGAAGCAUGCUUCACCACAGAGAGCUUGAAAACCUGAAGGGAAGGGACAGCAACCAUGAAUGCCGGGUGUGCAGGGUGACCCUGGUGGGUUUGUCAGCAUAUGCCAAGCACAUCUCGAGCCAGCUGCACAAAGACAAUGUUGAUGCCUAUGACAGAAAAGAGGAAGAGAAAGAAGAGGCAGAAGAAGAAUACCUUGACAAAGAACUCAUUCAACUAAUCAAGCAAAGGAAAGAACAGAACCGGCAAGACGAACCAAGCUGUGCAAACCAAGAAUUAGAAUGUGAAGACAGGAGACCACAGAGAAGGCGAGAAGAAAGAACUGCUUACAAGGAAAGAGAAGCUUAUGAUCAGUCAUCGUGGCAUCAUCAUAAUGCAUCACAAAGGGAUUGGAAGUGGGAAAAGAAUGAUUAUAUUAGUCCUAGACAAGGCAAAUUUUCACACUCUCAGAGGAACCUUAAUAUAAACAGACAUUCAGGUGGCCCAAGGGGACGCUCUGGGUGGCACCAAAAUGUUUCAGGAAGCUCUUCAAAUCGGCAUAACUAUGGGAAUUCAGGAAAUGUUUGGCAUCCAAGAGGGCGGGGAGGAGGAACAUCAAAUUGGCAUCACAGUCCCAGAGAGAGAAAUUCUACUUGGCACUCAGAAGGAGCAGGUCAUUUUUCUAGCUGGAAUUCCAAGAGUUAUGGAGGAAACUGGAAAUCUAGUCCUCAUGGUGCAAAUAGCUGGAACUUUGGAAGCUCGGGAGAUACGUACUCAGUAGAGCCAAGCAAAUAUAAUAAGGAAAGAUAUGCAUGGCAGCAACAGGAGAAAGACACUGAUGUUCUGCCAUACAGAGAUCAAAAAAAUAUGACUGACUUGCUUGACUUUACCAGUGAUAAACUUCCUUAUGAGGGGGCAUUAGAUUUUGUUAUAUUGACGCAAGCAGAAAGCAAAACUUCAAGAGCCAGUGGAAAAAGUGUCAGUCCUUCCAGAGAUAAAAUGUAUCGCUGGACCCCCUACCCAUCCCAGAAAGCUGCAGAGCAGCAACCACGUGCUGAAGAUAAUGUUUCUAAAACUCCAGAUAAAAUGGAUUCUGUGUUUAUGCAUCUUAACGAUUCAUCAAUGAAAGGAAAAACUUGUGAAGUCAGUGUUAGCCUUUCAAAACAGUCAUCUUCCCCUUCUAAUGCAACCUCGGAUCACCUUGAUUCUUGCAAGGUAACAAAAGACAGUUCUGGUGGUGAAAAGCCUGACAGAGAUGAUGGCAGAAGUAAUAGGAUGCCAUCACUGAAAUCCCCUCUUCUGAAUAUCACAGAUAUGAAGUUAUCUUCCCCAAAGCAGGACACAAACAGUCUCUUAAAAAAUGUCAGGCUUCUGUUAUCCUCUACUAAUUGCGAAGAGCAGAAUCACUUGAAUGCAGCAAACUUGGAAGCAGACAGUUUCUCCUCUUAUUCAUCGAAGCUGCCUGGUGCAUGUGCUGAUGACUUACAAGAUAAUAAAGAUGUGCUUGGUAGAAAUCUUGGAGAGCCUGUUAAUAACUUCAGUGAAGCAGAACAAAACCCCAAAGAUGUUCAGUCCAACCCUUCCUUGCAAAAUGUUCCCUUAAACUCUUGCAAGGUUACAAGUGACCAGAAUAUGGAAGAAGCUGGAAAAGCAUUGCCAAAUGAGUUCAGACUAGAUUCAUUAGAAGAUGUGAGCGAUGAAGAUUUAACAGGAAGUGAGAAGUCAGAAGCAAGAGGUGAAAAGUUGGGUUCUUCUGUUAGUUCUUGUUUACCCUAUGACACUCCAGAAGGUAAACCUGCCACCUCUGAGAAGGAAGAUGAUGAAAAGCCAGCUGCUUCAAGUAUUGCUUCUGAUCUAAAAGAUUCUACAUUUAAGAUGGAACCCACAGUUUCUCCAUCAAGUGGUCAGGACCAUUCACAUGUGGGUUUGAAAACAUCCUCACAGGAUGGAGAAGUGGAUGAAGAGCAUGUCAAGUCACAUGAUCACUUUGAAAUGGAAAGUUUUGAAAAUCCUUCGGAUCAUGAGCUGCAAAAAGGAGGAAGCCAAUCGCUAGGCCUCCUUCUUCCUGAUUUAAGCAAACUUGGCCUCCCUGCCUCUCUGCAAAGAGACCUGACACGGCAUAUUAGUCUGAAGAGCAAAGUUGGGACGCAUCUUCCAGAGCCCAAUCUCAAUAAUGCACGGCGCAUUCGGAAUGUGAGUGGCCAUCGGAGAAGUGAGACUGAGAAGGAGUCAGGGCUGAAACCCACUCUCAGGCAGAUUCUUAGUGCUUCCCGGCGAAAUGUAAACUGGGAUCAAGUCAUCCAGCAGGUAACCAAGAAGAAACAGGAACUUGGCAAAGGUUUACCAAGGUUUGGCAUAGAAAUGGUUCCUCUUGUUCAAAAUGAGCAAGAGGGUCUAGAACUCGGUGAAGAAUCUGAUCUGUCUACUCUGGAAGGAUUCCAGUGGGAAGGGGUUUCCUUAGCAGUGCCUGGCUCAACCAGAAAACGUAGCUUUUCUGAAAGCAGUGUCAUUGCAGACAGAAAUCCUUCUGCUUAUAGCUUCUUCAGUGAACAAGCCAAAAUAAAAGAAAGUGGGCAAAGGCAAAUAAUUGCAGCCAACCACUCACAUCACAUAACAUCUGGGUACGAGGCAAGUGCUGACACUGAGGUUGACUUGAAACGGGAGACAUCUUCUCUUCCUUUGUCACCAUUUAUGUCUGAAAGAACUGAGACUAGUGGAAGGAGACACAGCCUACAGGCCACCCCUGAGGUCACAGGCCUUACAAAACAAGACCAGGAGAGCCCAGAGAAGAGAACCCCUCUUCUUGAAAAACAAAAUGUACUAGAAGUCUCAGAAGAAAAUCGCCCAGCUUCAAAUAAUGCUUCACUUCUUGCAGUGUCUAAUAACAUAGAUGCAGCUACAGACAGUAGCUGCACGUCUGGUACUGAGCAGAAUGACAGCCAAGGAAUUGGAAAGAAACGAAGAGCAACUGGAGAGGGAUCUUCUCCUGAAAUCCCUAGUCUAGAAAGAAAGAAUAAGAGAAGAAAAAUCAAAGGUAAAAAAGAACGUUCUCAGGUAGACCACUUGUUGGCUAUUUCGCUGAGGGAAGAAGAGUUAAGCAAGUCGCUGCAUAGUGUGGACAGCAGUCUCUUGCAGGCUAGGGCUGCCCUGCAGGCUGCCUAUGUUGAGGUUCAGCGGUUCCUUGUAUUAAAGCAACAGAUAACCAUGGAAAUGAGUACACUGAGAAGUCAGAGAAUUCAGAUCUUGCAGGGGCUACAAGAAACAUAUGAACCUUCUGAACUGUCAGAGCAGAUUUCUGGCAGUGUCUUAAGUGAGAGAAGAAAUAGCAAAUCUCAGAUGGCAGCUAACUUAAUUCCUGCAGGCUCCUUCGUGCCCCUUUUGGACACUUUGUCUUCUUCUGCACCUCCACUGGGAGCUUCUGUUCAAGUAAACAUGCAGUCACCAUUCCAGUCUUCUGGCAUCACACCUGCUGUUCCUCCCGACUCCUCAGUACAAGUUAAACGAGAACCUGUGUCUCCAAAAGACUCAGAAGAAAAUGUGAAUUCUGUAAUCCAAAGCUCUCGAUGUGCUUCACGAUCAGAAGAGGUGGAGCAGAAGGAUGAAGAGAGCCACCAGAAGACUUCAGUGUAUCCAGUUAUCUCUGCAACCAUAUCCCUGUCAGAGCUGGCCGCUUGUUUGCAGCACACUAAUCCAGAUGUUCACAAGCCUGCUGUGGAUAGGGGAAAGGCUGGACGUUCUGAAAACCCUUCUCCUCAUUCACUAUCUGUUUUCAGCAAGAGAGAAGCAAAUGAUACAGCGACUGAAAGCUUUUUACUGGAUCAGUGUAGCCCUUCUCUUCAAAAACAUUCAGUCCUUCUAGAAAUGCCAAUGGAUAAAACCCCCAAACUGUCAGCAGAACCAUCUGAGCAACAGACGGCAAUCGCUGUAGUCCCAGCAGAAAAAGGGAACAGGAGGAGGAGAAGGUUAAGGAAGAAAAAAACUCUGAGGGCAGCCCAUGUGCCAGAGAACAGUGACACAGAACAGGAUAUAAUUGACUCUAAGCCUGCCCGGAAAGUCAAGGGUGGAAAGGUUCCUAAGGGAGAAAAGGUUACUACAUCCACUCCUCCAAGACAGGAGAAUGGAGCUACUGCUCAAACAGCAAGAAACAAAGAUGAGGAUGACAGUGACGCUUCUCUGGAACUGGUGGAAGUGCCAGCACCUCAGUGUGAGGUGGUUGACGUUGGUUCAUCAGAGUCGGGAGCUGAGAAACCAGACAGUCCAUCAAAGACAGAUUCACGCAGCUCUGUGGAUCCAGCAGUCCUAGAGGCGUCUUGCUCUGGUUAUGAUGAAGUGAGCUCUACCAGUGAGAUUGGAACAAAUUGCAGGGAUGGUGGGAAAAAAAGUGUGGCUGAGACGCAGACUUCCAUAUCAUCAUUAAGAGGAUCAAAGAACUCAUCAGAAGUGUCUUCGGAGCCAGGUGAGGAUGAAGAACCUACGGAAGGAAACUUUGAGGGACACCUGGCUGCAGUGAAUGCUAUUCAGAUUUUUGGGAAUUUGUUGUAUACCUGCUCAGCGGACAAAACUGUUUGUGCCUACAAUCUGGUUAGCAGGAAGUGUGUGGCCAUCUUUGAAGGACAUACUUCAAAAGUGAACUGUCUCCUGGUCACUCAGACAAAUGGGAAGAAUGCUGCACUCUACACUGGCUCAAGCGACCACACUAUCAACUGUUACAAUAUUAAGUCCAAAGAGCGCAUGGAACAGUUUAAAUUGGAAGAUCGAGUGCUUUGUUUACACAGUAGAUGGCGGAUCCUUUACGCAGGCCUUGCAAAUGGCAGCGUGGUUACUUUCAGCAUAAAGAACAACAAGCAGCUUGAUACCUUUGAAUGCCACGGCCCUAGAGCAGUGAGCUGUCUAGCCACAGCUCAGGAAGGAGCACGCAAGUUGUUGGUAGUGGGCUCCUAUGACUGCACCAUCAGCGUGCGAGAUGCACGGAAUGGGCUGCUUCUCAGAACCCUGGAGGGUCACAGCAAGACUAUACUCUGCAUGAAGGUUGUGAAUGAUCUGGUAUUCAGUGGCUCCAGCGAUCAGUCUGUCCAUGCCCACAACAUUCAUACUGGAGAGCUGGUACGGAUUUAUAAAGGCCAUAACCAUGCAGUAACGGUUGUGAACAUUCUUGGGAAAGUGAUGGUGACAGCAUGUCUGGAUAAAUUUGUUCGUGUUUAUGAACUGCAGUCACACGACCGCUUGCAAGUCUAUGGAGGCCACACAGACAUGAUCAUGUGUAUGACCAUCCAUAAGAGCAUGAUCUACACUGGAUGCUAUGAUGGCAGUGUCAGAGCUGUGAGGCUUAAUCUGAUGCAGAAUUAUCGUUGCUGGUGGCAUGGAUGUUCACUGAUCUUUGGAGUUGUGGACCAUCUGAAACAACACUUGCUAACUGACCACACCAACCCAAAUUUUCAGACUCUGAAAUGUCGUUGGAAGAACUGUGAUGCUUUCUUCACUUCUAGGAAAGGUUCCAAGCAGGAUGCUGUAGGACACAUUGAAAGACAUGCUGAGGAUGACAGCAGGAUUGACUCAUGAAGCUUUUCACCUCCCACAUUGGGAAGUAAUUUUAUACAUCAGAAUUAUUCCAAACUACAUCAGUUCCUUACUUCAGUCUUUCCUCUUUCUUUUCCCACUUGGAAUGCAAAAAUGGAGUGGGGCUGAAAUGCCUUGCUACAGAGACUGCACGUUGUGUUGCACUCUGUAGAAAUAAGGCUGGUCAAUUAAGACUUGGCCCAAAUGGAUGUUCUUGCAAGUGUUUAAUUCAUUUACAGAUAAGAAUAUUCCCUCCUCUCCUUUGCCUUGGUGUUCUGGUGUUUGUUUUUUCUGUUAGUUGUUGGUUGGUUUGUUUUUUUUUUUUUUUUUUUUUUUUAAGAAGCAUAGUCUGAGAAUCUUUGGUAAGUUCAGAGGGGUGUUGAGAACUUAGAAUCCAAUAGGUGCUGGUGUUUGCAAACUCAGCUUGAAGCCUGUUAAGUGUCUAAGACACCUCUGUUUUCAUGUUGUAUCCAAUUUUUUAGCCAAUUUUAAUAAAAUUCUGCAAAUCAGGAUAUCACAAAUUCUAACAGUGCAACCUGAAUAUCCAGGGUGCAUUUUGACUUUCUUCAUAAAAAGAAAAGUUAUUUUAUGGAGAACCAGAAUAAAUCAAUUUUUUUAAUGUUAAUUGUAACUUAUUUUUUAUUCCUUGUGUAAAAAUUGCUAUAACUGGCACAAUAUAUACAGUGACAGACUAAAUACCGUACCUCCCGAGGCAUUUGGUUUAUUUGGAGGAAAGCAGUUCUUUCUUGGGAGAUAUGCCAGUAGCAGCAAAACAUCCAGAACAGUGGCCCCACUCACGUGCUUUGCAAUCUUAGUCUUUUUAAAUAUAGGUCCUUAUGUAUAGGAAAGAAGUAAGUGGUGUUGCCUUUUGUUUUAGUUAAAUACCAGCAUAACCACCGAUUCCUGAUUUUAUUUUUAAUUGUGGUGACUGAGCUUUGCAGUCCCCUAUCUUGAUGGCAUAGCAAGCCAAGAGAAGUGCAAAGGCACUGCCUGUCUAAGUGCAUCCACUUAAGUAAUGUUUAGUUCCUGUUGUGAGCUGCCUUAAUUGGCUUGGGCUAUAUCAAGUUCACAAAAUCUCAGCUGGAAAGAAUGGAGCAGGAUUUUAAAGUCUAAAGCUCUCAAGCAGAACCUGAGGAUACAAAAUGCAUAUCACGUGUAAAAGUCUUGUUUCUACUAAUGCACAGAAGAUGCCACAAAGAAGCCAGUGCAGAGGGAAAGGCUGUUCAGCUUGUCAGGAUUCCUCUGCAGGUGGGAAAACUUUACCCAUUGAGUUCAGUGAAACACACCUGCAUUUGCAAUCCUCUCUCCCGUAAUGACGCUCAUUUAGCAAAGAGCUCUUCUAAGCCACGAGGCUCAUCUAGCAAGGAGCUUUGUGUUCACUUUUGCCUAAAUUGCUGCUCAGGACAAAAAAGCAGAGGUUUCCUUAAACUAUAACCAGAAGGUGAGGACAGCCCAGUGUCCAAACUGAGCAGCUUAUAAAUGAAUUCAGCACGUUCCAAACAAAUUGGAUGUGCUACUUCUACUGGGCAUCUCUUUCACCACUACUUUGAGGAUCUGUAUACCAACCGUAGACCAAAUAAGUUCUAUAGCCUCAUUCUUUGACUAUAAAGAAGCCUUUUUAGGCCAAGAAAGUGACUGAGGAAUGCCCAUGGGUGUUCCACUGCCAUCAAAUCAAGGAACUUCAGGGCCUUCUCUGAAGCACCCUAUUUUUCUGUUGUCUUAUCUGCUAAACAUAAUUUCUCUGUAAUUGCUUGACAUGAAUAAUUUUUUUGUGAGAGACAGGAGUAAAAUAGGAACGAGAUGCAAUAGCAUCCUACUUCAAAGACAUGCGAAUCUCUGAGGUUACAAUGCUUUUUGUGGUGAUUUGGGGCUUUUUAUUAAGCUGUUUUGUGGACAGGGAAAAAAACCCAAUAUGUGGCUCAAGCCCUAGGCUAUUUUUGAGGGUGUUCUUGUUUUGAUUUUGAGGGUGUGUGUUUGUGGUUUUGGAUUUUUUUUUCUUUUUUGUUUUUCUUUAUUUCUGUGGUCUGUGGAUGAAACAAUUCAAGAGAGAAUCCAGUUCAGGGAAAUCUCUGAGCAGUGUAAAUGUUUUCUGAUGCAGGCUUUAUUGCUCUAAAGUCUCUGAGAACAUUUUUUUUUUUUCCCAUGACCGAAAAGCAGAAGGCUGCAUAAUACUUAAACCAUUUCCAAAAUUACUGAUAUUCAAGAGUUCUUCUGGGUUUUGGUUUUUUUUUUUGAACCACAGCGAGGGAGCAUCUAGAAAAGUGGCAUAAACAAUGUGAAUGUCUCAAGCUGUCCUUCAUGGGCUGUGCUUGAAGUGGAGGUGUGUGUUCUAGGGACAAGCAUGUGGAGUGAUUGUAGCAUUCUGAAAAAUGGUGUGUGAGAGUGGAUUUUGUUAUUUCUUUCUUGUGAUUCUUCACGUUCUUUCAACUGUUUUCAGGAACAUGUAAAGAUCUUUCUCACUAGGUGUUGCAACAAACACAGUUAUUACACUUUAUUUGCAUUCCUGAUUGCUUGUUGGGUUUAUCUCUUCUAGUUGGUGAAAGCAGGCUUCUUUUUCUUGUACUCCAUGACAUUUUCUUAUCUGUCCUUGAAAACAGUUCUCCUGAAAAGUCUGGACUUCUGAAAUCCAGCUUUAGUUUUAGCAGUGGCAUCUCUUCCAAAUUUCUGCAUCAUUUCAGAUGUAUUGUAAGAAUCUUAAAAUGGGUAACAAGCAGGAAAAUAGCAGAGCUGCACAAGUGUUUAUAAAAUUUUGCUUCACAAAUUAAAAACAACUUUUAAGAUUGCUCAGGGGUUCAGAGGAAAAUGCUGUGCUGCUUUGCCCUGAGGAUCUCUUUUUUGCUAUGAAGCUGUGCAGCCGUGGAAGUGCCCAGGCCUCUCUGGAGUUCUGUGAGGAGGUUUCCUACUUGUUCAUCAGGAAUCUGGUGCAGCUUUCGCUGUUGGCAGUUCACUUCUGGAGGCAACUGUGGAAGAGACACACUAAUGUAUUGGCUUGGUGGCCGUUAAUGAGGUCCUCUCCGACCUUGCAACUUAGGGUUUUGACUCCUGAUAAACCUCAGGUCAAAGAGUGUAAUAACUUUGGAAAGGUGGACUGUUUGUGAAAUUUAAGAGUCACAUUUGCCUGGAAAGCAGUACUGCACAACUGAAGCCUGUUUCAGGACUAUUUUUCUUUUCAAUUUGUUUGUUACGCAAGUAAAACGUUGUGGGUGGAAGAGUGAGUAGAGUGAGGGUUGAUUUUUGUGGUUAGCUGUGUUUAUUUUAUUAGUCAAAUGUUAAAUAAUGAGCUCUGGACUUGCUCUGUGGCUGACAACAUCUGGCAGGAGCAGAACUGACAUUGUGCCUAUUAAUCUGUGAGUCUCCUCGGCAGAUAGAAAGGGCUCAGAGGCAUUGUACACUUUUAUGACAUGAAGAAUGGGCCAGGUGCUACUGAAACCAGUUACAUCAUUCUCUUCAAAAGCAUGAGAAAUUGUUGUGCCAGAGGCAUACCAAGCCCUGCCUGAGCUCCAAAAAGAGGGCGUGAGUAGCCUAAAAUGGUCACUUGAAGUUCAAGUGGGCUGCAAAGCUUAACCUUUACCAACCCCGAUAGCCUCACGUGUAUUGAAUGAUAAGACACCACUCUGGUCUAUAUUUGUUGCUCUUUUCUCCUUCAAAUCACAGGGUAAAAUAACAGCUAACUGACAGUGCAAAAUACUCUAUGGCCUAAAGCUGCUGCUUCUGUGUGUGGAUGGGGCUGGAGGGACAACUGCUGCAUCAGUUGGUACGAAGGUGCAUUAAAUAUCCCAGCUUCUGCUUGCCUUGAGCCACUUAGGUGUGAAUUGCAGACUUUAAACGUAUCAGCAGCGCAUGAGCUGACUUCUGUAAAAUAGCAGGAGUUUGGCUGUGCAGUGUGUUUGAAGUAAUGCAGUUCUUAAUGCACAUUUUCAAACUGUACAGUAAUGCCAGAUCAAGGUCAACGAUAACUGAAAACUCACAAUAAACUGCAGGUUCCCAGCAACAAGGAUGGGGUAUUGAGAAAAUAUUUUUCCCUUCUUUUGAAUUAAAACACAGGUACAGAUGGAUCUUGGUUUUCAGGCUUGUAUGGUACUAUCAUUCAAACAGUUGAAGUUGUCCAGAGUUGCAGAACAUGUGAGGAAAGAUAAGGAAACAGUUUCAGCUACUGACUGUAAAAUAUUUAAUAGUGAAAGAGCAAACUGUGUAGGUAUAUAUUCUGUUACAUGUGCCUGCCAUCUUCUCAAAUUUUAUUUUGCUCUACAUGUUAAACAGUCUUUCUGAAGGAUGCAAGUGGAAUAAAACAACAUGAUGGAAUAUUUAAUAAUUUAAGCUGUGUAGAACAUGUGCACAGAUUGACCUUGGUUUUCUUCUCUCACUUUGGUACAAAGCUGUGAGCAUAGUAAUGAAACUUUACACAGCAAAAGUAUAAAAAAAUAAGAGGGGGGGAAAAAAAAAAAAAGAAGAAAAAUAAAAGUUCUUUAUAUUGUUA